AACAGUAAGUUCACUCUUGGCUUGCAUUUCUACAUGCUCUGGAAAGACUUGUGGUAGUCCCUGACUGCGAUUAAUACGCUUCAGACUGAGCUCAAGAAACGCUCGUAGAAGUAAAAUCUCGCCGGAAUCUUAUCGUUCUUCGCUACGGCUACCCAAGAGUCGCAGAAAUGGGGGUCGGAACGCGUUCAUCGGCAAAGAAGAGCAGAGGUAACUCAGCAUGUUACAGAACGCGUGCUUCGAACGCGAGAUGUUUAUGCAUUCCUUUACAAGCUUGAUAGUAAUUUGUUAAUGUUUUCGUGUUUUUAUUUUAGAGGAGAAAGAGUUGGAGGCGAAAAUGGUGGAUAAAAUUGAUGCAGAAACGCAAACAGAUCCUGAGAUAACUGGUGUAGACGCGGACGAUUUCGAGGAAGACGAUGGCGAAGGAGAAGAAUCCGGCUCGGAGAGCAGCGAAGAUGAGGACGAUGAAAUGGAGGCAGACGAAGACGGCCAAUUCAAAAGUGUCGACCGGGGAACGUCCUCGAAACCAGUGCGCCGCAAAAUAAUCGAGCUGAAGUAUUAUUUUGGGGAAGAUUUGCCUGACGCCGAGCUAACGAAACGUGAGUUUGGUAUUGAUAAUUUUAGACCAAGCACAUGGUCGACUUGCAUAAAUUAGCAACAAGAUUCUCGAGGUUUAUUCCAAACUAUUCUCAUAUUUCCUCAUUAUAGCCACUCUAGAGGAAAGAAUUUGAUCACCGUGACCCAUGUGAGCAUUGCAUAUGGAAAAUACGAGUAUUUUGAGGGCAAAUUACCUCAAUUAUUGUGCGAGUCUGUGAUCUGGGCAUUCAAGCUCAUUUGAAUGCGUGUUCAUAAUAAUUGCAUACAGUUUAGACAGGGCAGGACUAAAUCUUCACCACUAAUCUUUCAUGAUUUACAAAGUGAAACAUUUCUUCCGUAGUCUAAGGUGUUAGUACAAACUCUAAGUGUAGCACCGUCGUGAUUAUUUUAAAAAUACAUCUCAAACUGGAACAUUUUCAAAAGCCUGUACUGCGCUCUCGUUCCGUUUUGAGUAUUUACAUAUUUUAUGCAUGUAUUGGUUUACACUUACAGCCAAGCGAAUGAAACCAGCGGGUUGGAAAGGAAACCGAAGGAACAAUCACUCGUUAUUGUCUGAUAAAUCGGCCUUUUUUCCAUUUAUAAACGGUGCGCCAGCGCUUCAAAACAUUUUCGUGGGUACAUUUUCAAAUUUGUAACAUAUUCGCCAUGAAUCGCGUGAUAUUUCAGAAAACCAUUGAAGUGUACAGUGGGGUGACGCUCAAAUGUUUUCCUUUCCUGUGAUGAAUAUGUGACCAUGUUAAUCGAUGCAUUUGGAUUUUUACAGAUAUAGGACUGAGUUUAAGCUCUAUUGCAACCGAUGCGCAGUUCUUCGGCGCAAAUUCGUGUAUUUGUGAUCGAAUCUUAGAGGAGAUUUCGCCAAUUCAAACUUACAUGCGCAUUAGUGAGGAGCACACACCUGAAGAAGUUUCGGUGUAAAAAAUGAUGAAAAAAAGAAAACACGUGGUAAUUCAGGGACGGAAACCUCUUCUUUCUAUUGUUCAUGAAGGCCCUAAAUUCUCAGUACUGUUGACUGGGUUGGUAAUAAAUAUAAUAAAAAGAGCCACUACUUUUUUUUGCAAAAUUUAAGAGACUCUUUGUCUGAAAAAACCAAAGUUGAUACCACAGGCUGGUGUUAUGAGCAGAUCAAGACUGGAAAGCCACUUGAAUUCAGUAACAAUCUGGCCAGCCAACAUACCACCACCUUUAGUUGAAACCUCAAACAAAAAAUCUGAUUUUCUACCAGCCAUUGUGAUGGAUUUAUACUUCCCUAAAUUUAAGUACAGGCUGGUUGUUAUUUUCAAUAAGUUAAGCCCCCAAAAACUUGACAAGAGACCUCUCCAUAGACAUAUUUUGAAAUUUUUCUUUUGUUUUAAUCUUAGUACAUGUAUAGGUUAUAAAAUGAUUUUGAGUACAAUUUGGUAUUGUUAAGGACUAGGAAAUUUUUAAAAGACGACAAAACAGCACAAGCCUGGUGAGUGUAAUUUGCAGUCUUACAGGUGCUUGUAAGAGAUUUCGUGUUAUUACUUGUUAGUGAUGUACAUGAAAAAACAGCACAAGUCAAGUUAGACAAAAUUUUGAAAGGGUGUGUGCGCUAUUUGAAAUUGACAUUUGUGUCACAACUUUACACUUGUGUAACAUGAGAAUGCACUCCUUUUCAGCCAAUCACAAGCAUGUAAUUUUUUGUGUACAUUGUUAAGGUAGUAAUUUUGAACUCCACUAAACAACAAAUCUCAGUUAGGUAUGUGAAAUUAAUCCAUGCAAGUUGCCUGUGUACUCCAAAAUAAUUCAAGAUGUUACUGGUACUGAAGCUGAAUGGAGGAGCCUGUUUUAAAAAAAAUUUAUCUAUUAGCUGUACUAAUCAAAAGGUUAUUAUCAUUUCCAUUAAUUUCUUAGUUGCUGAAGCUGAGGUCAUAGUUCCCCCUGGACUUGAAGUAAAAGAAUCUAAUAUUCCUAAAGCUGGCAGGGGAGUGUUUGCAAAGUGUGUGAUCCCCAAACAUGACUUUUUUGGACCAUUUGUUGGUAAAAAGGUGACUGCUGAGGAGGCCAAAAACUAUAAAGACUCCCCCUAUGUCUGGGAGGUAAGACUAUUCAGUGUCAAAUGUUACUUCUUGAUGAUCAACUUUUGCUUAAGGCAAAGCAAAUGUUUUUAAAUGAAUGAUCCUGAGACAAAGUCUAAGGAUCCAUUCAACAGUUUUUGCAGCAGAGCUGGAGAAGAACGAUUAAGGACAAUAACUAAUUUAUUAUCAUAACUGAUUUAUUCUCAUAACUAUUUACAGGGAAAUGUGUAGCUGCUAGUGGGGAGAAUUUACAAUCAGGUCUUGUGAGUUCAAGAGUUAUGGGUAAAAGGGGGAACUAAUUAAUUUGGUGUAAGGCAAAAAGCUCAAAGUGACAUCUGAUGAACUAUUAGAUUCUCCAUACAAAUUGUCCUAUAUUUCUAUGUAAAACACAGGGAGUUGUUGGUAAUUCAUCACAAGUCUUAUUCUCAUUCCAGACUUCUUAAAUUUUGGGAUGUUUUUGUUUUUCAGGUGAGAGAUGACUAUGGAAAGUUGAUGCACUUGGUUGAUGGAAGAGAUGCAUUUCAGUCCAACUGGCUGCGCUAUGUCAACUGUGCCAGGAUUAUAACAGAACAAAAUAUCCGUGCUGUUCAAUAUGAUGGAAAUAUUUAUUAUAUGGCCACUAGGCAGAUUGAGAUUGGAGAUGAGUUGCUGACAUUUUAUGGUGAAAAGUUUGCUAAGAUUCUCGGUAUAAAACCUCCAAAGAAAGGAGCAUCUAAAACUAAAGGUAACAUUCUGGGUAGUUUUCUCUUUCAUUUUCCCUUUCAGUUUCUUUUCCUAUUUCCCUUUCACUGUUCAGAUGUUGCUCUUCUUUCCCAUUUACAGGAAAGUUUUGGAGUUCAGUAGCUCAUAGCCAGUUUGAUCGUGUUGGGAAUUGAGUCAGCAAUAAUUUUAAAAAAUUUAAGUUGACAAAUGAUCUAUACUACAAACUGAAAUCUAGUUGUGAAACAUUUUUACUAUCAUAAUGGCAAUGAUAGGAAGACAGUUCUUGAUUUAUCACAAAAGCCAACCUACUUUAUAUUCUUUCAAUACCUCUGUCAGUGAUCAUGUAAGGCUGGUUUCCACUUGCAAAAAAGUCAAUGGUUAUCAGAAGCGUAGUGAGAUAUUAUGUAGUGAAAAUCAAACCAAGGUAAUUGGAAGCAGGAUACAGCUGGCAUCUAUGAGUCUGUUGCUUAUAAUCCUUGUGACAAAAUUUGGGAUCUUAGACAUCAUAAUGUAUGUGAAAGGUCUAAUUGGUUGGUUCUUCCACUUCUGCUUGUGGUUCUGACCAUGCAGUUUUCACUUGAUCAUAUUUCUGGGAGUCAUCAGAAGAAAUUGAAAACAUUCUGCUUCCUCCUGAUUAGGAUUAAGCUUCUGUGAGGAGGGAAAAUCUGACGUAACUACAGGCAGCGACAGUUACAAGUAAUUUUACAAAAUGCAUUUUAUUAUCCUCACUCUCCUCUUCAGAUCCAGAACCUGCUGAUGAGAGCUUUGCUUGCAAGAAUUGUGGGAAAAUGUACAGCAACCCUGCAUCCCUCAUUGGUCAUUUGAAGUACAAGUGCAAUACAGGUGUGAUCAUUACCUCAUGGUUAUUACGUAUUCAAUAUGUAUUUAACUACUUCUUAUAAGAAAGUUCAAUUAAAUGAAAGACUGGCAAUUCACUCUUAAAUUCCUAAGAGUGACAAGCAUCUUACUCUCCACUUAUUAUUACUCCUGAAUCACCCAUUAAGGUCACAAGUAUAGAGCAAAUAAUCACCUUAUAAAGAAAUAGUUUGCUAUCUCAAAAUCAACAGUUUCAGUCAGAAACCUUGAGUAUGCGAGAAAUAACAGUUUUAGUUGUGCAGGCCUUGAAACAAUGGUCUGCUAAUGGUGGUUGAAAGGAGACCAAAAGAAGGAGGACAGACAAGGAACAGAAUUUCAAUAAUCAAACACAACUAUAUUUCAAGAUGGCAUUUCGAAUACAGUGUCUGCCCUGUGACUUAUGAGCGCAUUUGAUUACAACAUGACUGCAUGGCAAGCUUUCAAAUAACAAUAACAGUCUUCAAAGUUCAGUUCAGUUUACAGGAUACAUACUCAAUGCUGAUUUUUUCCUUUUAAAAAUCAGGACAACAGAGGAGCAUUUUUGUCCCUCAGCCUGUUGGUCCACGAGCUUCAAUUCCCAAGAUCAAAGUUACAGAAGAAUAUGCUCGUCAACAAAAUGAGAAGUUGAAGAAGUUCAAAUGUGAUGAAUGUGGGAAGGCAUUCAUUCGCAACUACACACUACAGUGCCAUAAGCUCAUUCACACUGGAGUGAAAGAGCAUAAAUGCACAGAGUGCGGCAAGGAGUUCACUCUGCUUAAACACCUGCAGCGUCAUCAGCUGGUUCACACUGGAGAGAAACCAUACAAAUGUCACCUCUGUGGUCGCGCCUUCUCACAGCAGGGAAGUCUUCAAGCCCAUAGCCGUACACACACAGGAGUGAAGCCAUAUUCUUGCAAGAUCUGUGGGCGUGCAUUUGCCUUGCAGUCACCUCUGCUGUCCCACAUGAGGACACACAGCCAGGAGAAGGCCUUCAAGUGCACUACUUGCGGAAAGGCCUUCACACACAGGAAUACACUCUCCCGGCAUGAGUUGAUCCACACUGGUAUACGCCCUUUCAAGUGUGACAAGUGUGGUAAGACCUUCACACAGACCAAUGAUCUCAAGCGCCAUAGCCGCAUCCACACAGGAUUACGACCUUACAAGUGUCACAUCUGUGGCAAGGACUUCACAGUGGAGUUCACCUUAGUGUGUCAUGUGCGCACUCACACUGGAAGUCGGCCAUACAAGUGUGACUAUUGUGAGAAGACGUUUACCCAGCCUGGUGCCCGUCUGAAGCAUGUACGAAAGAAUCAUCCUGAUAAGUCACCUGCGAAGGUGAGAGUCACAACAAUCAUUUAGUCAAUGGAUAGUGUCUGGUCGGCUAGACAUUUUGUCUGGUUGUUUAUGAAUGUAAAGAGCUCAGGUUUUAUAUACACCUUUAUCGAGUUGAAAGCUGCAUUACAAUAAAAGUACGGUAGAUAUACUUGUUUUCUACUGGGGGGUUGGGGGGGGGGGUAUUAAGAUGCGAUAUUUGCCUGGCCAAAAUUGGGUUGUGCCCAACCAAAAAUAGAUUUGACCAGCAUCAGCCACAAAAUGAUUUCAAGCCUUGAAUUAAUACAGGGAGCAGAAUGAAGAACAUGUUAAAAGAGAAUAAGUAAAAAUCUGCACUUAAACCAAGUAGCUUAUAUAUUGAGGUGCCCUUAGAAACCCUUCAACUCCCAAGAUCUGAUUAUCAAUUCUCCCCUCUAGCUGCUACACAUUUCCUUGUAAAUUAGUUAUGAGAACUUGGUGCUAGAUCAAGAUAGCAGCUUCUUUCUGAUAAGUUUGAAUAUUCUCAUCACCUGUUUGCUGAAGAAUGUAUGGAUAUUGUAGGGAGAAGUUUUAUGUUAAUCACUUCUGGGAGUUAAAGGGUUAAAGCUUUUUCUUGAUUUCUAAAAAACAGUGAAACUGUUUAAUUCAUUUUUGUGUAUCAAACUAUUACAUGCUUAACUUUUGUGCUCAAAAGUUUCUAUGAAUUUUAAGGUUUGCUGUAAACCUGAAAGAACCUGAAAGAACCUGACUAACUUGGUAUAAAAUUGAUACAAAAUCUCCUUCACUCCUAGGAGUGACAUCAAAUUAAUUUCAAUUCAUUAAAAUCAAAUUUUCAAGCAGAAGGGUAAGGAGAGGCAAGAAGAAUAUCAACCCAGAAUAAUUCUUUGAUUUUAUACCAAUUUUCUUGAUGUAAAAUUAUAGGUUAUGUAUGGCAAACAGUGUGAGGAAUUGAUGUCUUGAUCAAGGGGGUGAAAGGGCUUCAGAUUGUAGCAGUCAUUGUUCAGUAUCUCACAGCCUGUGAUUUGCUUGCUAGCUAAGUUCCUUACUGCUUUCCUUUUUAGGAGACAAGCACUAGUACUUCGACUGGUCAGACCAAAGAAGUUGCCAAUGCCAGCAACAAGACUCAACCAAUGAUUACUGAUGAAAACCCUGGAAUAACAGAGAUCAACAAAGAAGGCGAUGUCCAUGUUGAAAGGUCAACCGAGUCAUCUGGCGUGGUGAACCAUGUUGCAGGUGUUAUGCUGAACCAAGCAGCAACAGCAUAGUCAGAUAGUGGCUAACGGCAUCAACACCAAAACAUUCUGGAGUAAGAAAUGUCAGGGCUAGCUUGGAUUAGUUUAACUUUAUUUUUUAACACUUAACCCUUUAACCCCUAAGAGUAAUUAGUUGCAUGUAAUUUCUCCAUACAUCAUCACUACUAAAUCAAAACAUUAAGGACAUGAGAAUAACAGAAAUGAUCACCGAUAAAAUUCGAAAUUGAUAGAGAAAUUUUCCUUGUUAGGGGUAAAUCCAAAUUUUUGAGAGGGGGGGGGUUGCUGGGGAAGGAAGCUGGGUUCAAACUAUGAUUUAGAGUAUAAAGACAUUUUCUUUUUAACACUCAAGCCUACAUAAUCUGAAAAAUAUUUCAAGGCAAGAUUACUAAUUCUUCAAGUUUAGCAACAAUAUUGGGUCCUUUCAUUGCAAGAAUUUUGGUCUUAUAUAGAAGCAGGGGUCUGUUGUCCAUCCCCCCCUCUCCUGACCUUCCCUCCAGAUUUACAACUGCUUUUCAUUAUCGUGAGCCAUGUGUGGAGAAAUUGUUUACUGAUGCAAUGAUGUAAAGGGUCGAGUAUGUGAGCUUAACGGUAUAGGUUAGGUUAUUGUGUACUUCUGAAUAUUAUUAGUUCAAGUUAACCUUCUGAUCUUGGAGUGUUCAAAAUGUAGCUUCUCAAAACAGAAUCAGUAAUGGUGCAGGCAAGUGAUAAGAAUAGACGAGCUCUUCAACUGGAGAGAGGUAUCAAAUGUGAUACUAAAUUCUCGGCACUUUUUACAUAGAAAAGUAUGGCAACUAGACUUGAGAAUUACUAACAAGCAGAUCUGUAGGAUUAAGAGGCUGAGGAGAGAACGAGAAAGAGAAGAAAGAAAGAGAAAAAGUUAACUACUCUGAGGAGAAUUGAUGGAAAUGCCUUGUUGACAAAAAGGAAAAUGUUAGUAUCUAGAUUGUAAUUCACAAAGUGGCACUCUGUGUGUGUCAACCAAACUUAGCAAUUGCAGAAUAUAUGUAAUUUUUUAAUAAUUCCCUAAUUUGUAGUGUCGACAUGUUAAUUUUUAACGGCAUAUUUUUCCAAUCGAAAAUUGAUUUAAUUUGCCCCUAGUAGCUGGUAUUGUAGCUUAUUGAUAAAUCACUUGAGUCGCAAGGGCAUCAAUUUGAGAUAAAUUAGGCAGCUUAUGAAAUUUAUAUAUUUAAGUCAACUUAACUCAUUAUCAUUAAGCGCGGAAUCUUUUGCAAUUUUACGAAUGAUUAUCUGAGUUAGCAAUUUAAAGUAGAUCUUUGGUCUGUUGCCCUACCUUCGCCUUAAAUUAAUUUUGUCCAGGUUUAAAUAUAAUAUUUGAAGAAAUAAAGAGAGAGGCAUCACAGUCAACAAGGACGAACCUUUACUUCAUUUUUCUGUUUUCUUUAAUAGUGGGUUACGCCAGGGUGAAGAUAGAUUGGGAACCUCUCUCCGGCCUGGUUACGUCUUUGUUGGUUGGAAUCACAAGUCAAAGUUUAUCGAGUAAAAGUACAUGUUUUAAGUUUCCUGGUGCAAAUGCAGUCGACCCCUGGUGGCAGAGACCUUCAAGGGAGAUUUAAGAAGGUUCAAAGUAUGGGGAUGAAAGAAAAAAUUAUCAGAAAUUAGGAAAAUUAUGCUUACAAUUUUUUUUCUUGAUGACGCAUAAAUUAGCACAUCAAAACUAACAGUCGUUUUGUGGAUUGUCAAAAUAUCAAGUUCGCUACAAUUCAAUUACACCCGAUUCAUUGUUUUCAACUAAGGCAUUGUUUGUUGUGACUUGUUUUGACUUGUCGUCGCCUAUUAAAAGACCUCACUCGAAUAACACGCUGCUGACUUUGAAGAUCAGUAGGAAAUAGUUUUUUUUUUCUUCCAGUAACCAAGGAUAAAAUUACGUAAUACUAGUUAAAAAUUAUACGCCGG